CAUAUCAUAUCAAAAAUGAACACAGUAGCGCUGUGAACUUGUGCCGUCUGUCGCAUUGACAGUCUAUGGUCUGUCGUUGACGGUGACGAUAGUUUCUAUUUUUUUCCUCAGCCUAUCACCGAAGCACAAAGAGAGCACCGUCUGUAAAGAUGAAGCAACCAGGAAGUGAUCCAGCAAUUUAAUCGUUGCUACCAUGGAUGUUUAACAAUAGCAAUGUCUGUUAUGCAACUACUGGUCACCACCUUAGGAAAAGCGACCGGGCUCUUGACUGUCUUAAUUUGUGUCAUUGCAGCGGUUUUGAAUUAUUUCGACGACCCUGAUCCGGUUAAGUACACCAGCAUGGCCGAGGACAUGAAGACUCUGGAGGAAAACUUCCAGCAGCAAAAUAAAAGCUGUUUCAUCCUUGGUGCCUCUGGGGAAACGGGCAAGAUGUUGCUUCAAGAGCUGCUGGGGCGCAACAUCUUCUCCAAGAUUACUCUCAUCGGAAGGAGACAGCUCACCUUUGAGGACAAAGCAUAUGCAAACCUGGUACAAGAGGUGGUGGACUUUGAGAAGCUUGACGAUUAUGCUGCAGCCUUCCAAGGCCACGAUGUUGGCUACUGCUGCCUGGGAACAACCAAAGCGAAAGCAGGGACUGAAGGAUUCAUCCGCGUUGAUCAUGACUAUGUUCUAAAAUCAGCAGAGCUCGCCAAAGCAGGAGGCAGCACCCAGUUUCACCUGGAGUCCUCCAGAGGAGCUGAUAAAAACAGCAACUUCCUCUACCUCAAAGUCAAGGGACAAGUGGAAGCAGAUAUUGAGGCGCUGGGUUUUGACAGAUAUGCCAUUUACAGACCAGGGGUUUUGUUGGUAGAUAGGCAGGAGAGUCGGCCUGCUGAGUGGCUCGCCAGGAAAUUCUUCAGUGCUCUUUCUGCUGUGUCUUCUACGUCCAUGGCCAUCUCAAUCCAAGCGGUGGCAAAAGCGAUGGUGGCAAACACUCUGCUUCAACCUGAGCAGAAGACGGAGAUCCUGGAGAACAAAGCCAUUGCCAGUCUGGGAAAGAGUGCAGAGACAUAAGAGAAAGCAGGAAACAUACUGAGAGGUAAUUUCAACAGGUAUACAGAGAGGACUACAUACUGCAAACACUAUUUACAUCAUCAUCAUCAUCAUCAUCAUCAUCAUGUCAAAGGAUUUUCACAUUACUUGAUCUUAAAAUUGUAUUUGGGUUUCACUUCUUGGGUCUUAAAAUGAUACUGUUAUAUUUUCAUCAGGGAACUGUUGCAAGACUUUUUGAUGUGUGCUCGGAGACAACCCACUGAACAACUGCCUUAAAGUAAAUGCUUGAAUUUAUUUUACACUAAAUUAAAAAUAUUGGAUGUCUUUAACCUUUUCAUUAAAAUAUUAUAAAUAUUU